CAGACGUACGUGUAUUUAAAGAAACCGGUGAAAGUGGCGCCAUUAUAACAAACAACAGAGCAAACAGAGAGAGAAGAAGAAAAACGAGGGAAAAUUAAAGAAAAACGACUCUUUAAAUUCUUCUCCCGUAAUCUAGUAAUUCUUUGUUGAAACCCUAAAUUCUCAUAAUUUUGUUUUCUUGUUUCAUAAGUUGCUUACAAUAUCAAAACCCAUGACCCUACGGGCUAAACGCGAACGGGUCACCACUGUUGUUCAUCCUUCUUCUACGGAUUUUAUUGAUAAAAAGGAAAUGAUUGUACUGCCUGAUUAUGCUCAUAUUGCUCCGAGAUACAGAGCCCUCAAGACCAUUACUAUUGAUGAAGCCAAUGAUAUUGGAGGAGCUGAUUCUGAUAAGUUCAGUGCCAUCAUUCAUCAAGUGGAUGGCUUGCACGAACUAGUUCGGAAUCCGCGGGAACAAGUCAUUGAUGCAGAUGUCCUUUUGGGUAUCACAAACUCAUUGGCAAUGUGUGUCAAGGCACAGGCAAAUGGUGGUAUAACUCCCUCUGAUUUUGUUAACUGUCUCCUCAGAGACUAUGUGAAUGGAGGCGAGCGGUGUACCAGUAUUAGCACACAAGAUGCGAGGGAAACCAUGAACUGGAGAAACAUUGGAGUUACAGUAUCUGAUGUAUUUAAGACCUGUUCUGGAUGCCAUACUAUGCUAGGGCCUAUGAACACCAAAUUCAAGAUGCGAAAAACUACCACGAGGAAACGUAUUAAACAACCUAUGGAGAGUUCUCAGCCUGAAAAGGUUGACGGCCUUGAAGAAAAGAGAACAGAUACAGACAUAAAUAUGGCAACUAUGUUUACCAUUUUAAGGAAGAACAGAAGUGUGAGGCUUGAACAUUUAGUAUUGAAUAGAAACUCAUUUGCACAAACAGUAGAGAAUUUGUUUACAUUGUCCUUUCUAGUUAAAGAUGGACGCGCUGAAAUUAAAGUCGAUGAAAAUGGCUGGCACUUAGUUUCUCCAAGGAAUGCUGCAUCUGCCAGUGAAGUCGCCAAAGGAGCGGUUGUAUACAGGCAUUUCGUCUUCAGAUUUGACUACAAGGAUUGGAAGUUGAUGGCGGCUUUUGUCAGCACUGGGGAGGAGCUAAUGCCGCAUAGAGGUCGAACAAAUCCCUCACAUGAUAAUCAGGAGGAAGAAGAACCUGACACACCGAUCAGAAAGUGUUUGAGGAAUAGCGGCAGCUUGGUUCCAGAAGAAAAAAACACGAGUAUAAAUGCUCGAGCGGGGUCUGCUGAUAUACAGAGGAAACUGAAAAUCGAGUUGAGUUGACAAUGAUAGGAGUGUGGACGAUUGUUUUUUUUUUAUUCUAUAGCAGAAAUUGAUAGUCAGUUAACCCGGCACUUGCUUAGUUAGGAAUCUACUAAUUCAUUAAUUUCAUUUUUAGAAGUUAGACUUGAAAACACUUGAACAGUUUUUUGCACUGAUGGAGUUGCAUAUUUAUUAA